AUGGCUGCUGGAGCCCAAUCCAACACCAUACAAGAAGUGGCUGCACCUGCCACAGAGUUCCAUGUGGGGGUGACGGCACCCGGCUAUGCCUUCCAGCGUCGACCCCCAUGGCCCUGGAAGGGAACGCCCGCCGAGCCUUUCAUCUACAGCGGGGAUGCACCGCUGCUGGUGGUGAAGGUUUUGGCCAAAAUUGGAACUGAUUACCAAACCAACGACCAGCUGCUGCCGCAAUCCAUGCAUGUGGUGAAUGACGCUGGCUGGGCUGGUGAUCCUCCCUUAGAGCUGUCCUUCAUCAUGGAGGAGGGCGGCAGCUCAAGUGGUGGCGUGGAAGUGACGUUUGUGGACAGCGAUACCCGGUGCGGCUAUGUGGGGGGUGCUAUCAACAUCAGCGUCCCGUUCGGAGUGGAUGUCACCAUGUUGAGAUGGGCAAGAAUUGAUUUUGCUGAAGAUUUGCAAGGUACCAAUGCCCUGACCAUAGCCUGGGUGGAUAUCGACCUCUCUGGCUCAGUUCCGAUUCCUGCCGACUUGCAGCAGGGUUCACGCGUCUACUUGCUGUUGGUGGGCUCAGUGAACGAUGCCUGGGAGGUCCCGUACGGUGCCAUCUUCCAGGAUGAUUGUGGUGGAGUACCGAACGUGGCCUUCAACAUGAGCUUCACUGAUGAGGAUCCGCUCUCGGGGGUCAUCAGUGGAACCGUGAGGGUGGAGAUUGCAGCAGAUGCGGCGGAUGAGUACACCUCCAUGAAUUUCUACUUGGCCACCCGUGCGAGCACUCAACCCACCUGGCUGGGGUCCGUGGCACCCUUGCAGACGGAGUUCGUUCUCGCAGGCGUCCAGCUGAACAGUCGAGAUCUCUUGUUGGCGUACUUGAACAACUCGUACGGGCAACAAGUGGACCCUGUGGUGUUGCAGAUUCAGGAAAUGAUCACAGCGGUGCCGAGUUCUGAAUCUCAAGUGCUGUCCAUUCAAUUCAGCGAUGAGGAUGGCCUCUUUGGCAAGAUUGCGGGGCGCGUGACUUGGAGCCCUGGAUCCAUGGCGGUCACGGAGUUUUUUGCCGUUUUUGCUGCCCAAAAUGCCAGCGGAAAGGGACAAGUGCAGGUGAGCCCAAAUGUGUCAGCUGAUGCUGCCCAUGAGUGGUACAUCAACGUGAGGGCCUUGGAUGCCGGCGCAGCGGAGGAGCCCAGCUAUCAUAGCAUGCGCGUCGCCCGUCGCGGUCCCACGGGCGAGCAUGAACUUGCUGAUGCUUUGAAAGAAGUACCAGGAUGA